AAUUUAGUGCAUGAAUGAAAAUUGUUACAAUUCCCACGUUGGGUAAUCUUUCAGAUUAGUAAAAAUUCUAAGUAGCACUGAAUUGCGACGUUGCGAAUUGGAUUUGUAAGGGGUUUUACCUUGAGAGUAAAUUCUAUAAUACACCAUUGCACACAAAGCCACAGAGCAAAUGAAAAUGAAGAUGCCGGACAAUAACAUCGGAGGAAGCAGCUCGAACAGCUAUACCCAUGUCACCAUUACCACAGGAAACGUUUUCACCCACGGUGGCGGAGGUGACGGCGAUGGAGGAGGCAACGCUGCACCCGCCGUAUUUAGCGAUCCCUAUGAUUCUGAAGCGGACAGCGUGAGUACUCCGCCAAACGAAGGGAAUUCUGCCGCUACUGAUGAUUUUGCGGAGUACAUGUGGAUGGAAAACGAAGACGAGUUCGAUAUGCAAGAGCUGCAACGACUUGAGGAGGAAGAGCUAAUGGAUCAAUGCAUUGAGGCAAUGAUGCUGGACGAAAUGGCCUCUGCAGAUAGGAUGGCUUCGGCGGCACUCGUCGGAAAUGUACCAAGAGAAAGUGGUCUCAUGAACAUUCUGUCCAGCCUACAACACGACAAAGAUCAACCACAGCAGCAAUCGCAAUUGAUUCGCCAGCCCAGGAACGUAAAUGUUGAAAAAUCAACACUAAAUCCUUUGGCGGCCGAAUUUGUGCCAUCAUUGCGGGCCCUGGUUGCACCAACGUCUUAUUGAAAUGUCACGUAAAAACAUCUUAAAGGUAAUGCAAAUACUCAAUAAGAGGAAAAAAAGUGGAAAAUGGGCGAUAUUUUAUUGAUUGCCUUUCUCUUUGUGCGAUGCGAUGAACAGCUUGUACGGGUGUUAACACCUUACUAAAAAUCUCACCGACCUUCAGCUGCAAUGGAAACACGAUUACAAUUUGAGUUUACUUUUCAAUGAAAAGUAAGCAUUUAGUCAUAUUGUCCCCGAUUAAAAUAUUCGCAUGUCGUGCUAUCUGAGCUGGAUACAUUUUUUGUAUGUGCGGUCGUGCUGCCUUUGUACUUACUGAAAAAAGUACGAUCUCUGGCUUUGGGCUGCCGAAACGUAUGCAUGCAGUCACAUGUGCAUCAUUUUUAAACGAACAUUUUCUCUCCGCUCGCUACCGUCACACAACGAUAAUGAUGGAUCUGCCGAGUGGAUGCAAUAGCUCCAUUGCGGCAACGAAUUUAAACACGUUUUUAGAAGCAAGACCGAGAUGCACAGUUUUUCCUAUGCUAUGGUGGCGGCAUUGAUUUUUAAUGCAUAGAUUUACGGUGCAAUGCCAUGAUAAAAAAUGAAUCUAAGUGAUAAUUCAUUCAUGCAGUAAAGAGAAAGUUAAACGAUGUGCUUAAUUCUUAUCCUCUUCGUACACCGUGAAUGUCUGACAUUCGCGGUGAAACUUGAGUAGUGCAAGUUCCUUUUAUGUUUCAGCUAUUUUUUUUCAUUAACAUACAUUUGUUCCCUUUACAUUUAACAUUAUGCAAUGUCGAAAACUGAACUCUCAGUCUUAUGACCAUUUCAUUAUAGAUCGUUGUUAGUGACUAGCAGUAAGCAGGCGGAUAAAAUUUCCCUAAAGUAACAAACAAAAAAAAGUAUAAAAGUAAAAGAAAAGUCUGCUGUACGUUUAGUAUUAUAAUUGUUCGUGGUAAAUGAGGGCAACACACACACGCCGAUGUAUUGGAGCGAGUUUUAUUGAAUUGCCACUGGAAUAGAACAUUACUUUCGUUACAAGAAAGGAUGAUGUGUCCACUGUGAUACGUUUAUCGUUGAUUCAUAUCCAACAUUGGAUUAAGCCAGAGCAUAAAUUUGUAGUUUUCUUUCGCGCCAGAAUGCGCCGAAUUACGAGUCCAUUGCAAGCGAUGUCUUAUGUAGAAUUCAAAGGAUACAACAUAACCGGUUAGCACAGUGUGGCGUGGAGUUAAAGUUUCAGCUUGCAUUUACAAUGGGGUCUCUUAUAAUAUGUUGUAUGUAUUCGGUACGAGAAACCGGUGAUGUUUCAUCUUCAGAAACAUUUGUUUACCGUGUAGCCUGGAUACACACCAAUAAAUAGCAACAUGACACAACAAUUAGUUGUAGUGCUGCAACAGCGGAACGAAAAAAAUAUGAUAAAUCAAGCGCAAACAAAUAAUUCAAGUUUUAAGUGUAACAAAAUCCUAAUUGUGUGAUAGAUUAGAGAAAAAAAAAGUCAAAACUAUGCAAAAACUAAAUAAAAUUGACUGAACUUGAGUCUUUGAACAAAUUAGCUUGG